CCUUUUAUUUCCCUGCCCUCUAGACUCCCAGACGGACUAAUCUUUUGGACAGAUCGUGAAAUUAGGUAAAUAGGCAACGGCAGCAUUCGCGUUCAUAUCACACAGGACGUGUUUUCUCGUUUCCCUGUCAAGCGUGUCCUUCUUCUCGGGACAUCUGUAACCAGGAAGUGAAGCUCUAGUUAGUCCUCGAUCAGUUGUUUGUACAAUGCGCGCUUUAAAAUCAGGACUGUGUUCGUGAUAGAGAUCGUGUCAUGGCGCAUGUCGGUGCUCGCCGUGACUGCUCGUGAUGAGGCAGUACGUCAAUGUCCCGCUCAUAUGACAUGUGGGGGCGUCACGGUGGCGCAGUGGGUAGCACGAUCGCCUCACAGCAAGAAGGUCGCUGGUUCGAGCCCCGGCUGGUGCUUACUUCAGCUCAGGAUGAGUAAAGAAAUGGAGGAGCUUUCUCCCCUGGACGAUUCGGGACACGGUGAUGGGUCUGAGGAGGAAACAGAGGACGAUGACGAACCCAAAAUUUGCCAAGUAUGCGGUGACAAAUCCACUGGCUAUCACUUUAAUGCCAUGACCUGCGAGGGCUGCAAAGGCUUUUUCAGACGUGCGAUGAAGCGACCGGCACAACUCUGCUGCCCGUUUCAGAGCGCCUGUGUCAUCACCAAGAGCAACAGGAGACAGUGCCAAUCCUGCCGGCUUCAGAAGUGCCUCUCAAUAGGCAUGAAGAGAGAGCUGAUCAUGUCGGAUGAGGCGGUGGAGAAGCGGAGGAUGCAGAUCAGGAGGAAGAGGAUGCAGGAAGAGCCUGUAACUCUCACUCCUCAACAGGAAGUUGUCAUACAAGAGCUGCUUACCGCACACAAGAAAACCUUCGACAUGACUUGUGCCCAUUUCAUUCAGUUUCGGCCUUUAGAUCGGGAUCAGAAGUCUGUGCCUGAGUCGAGUCUAGACACAAACGACAGCCGGAUCGGUCACAGACCCAUCGCUGAAGACCCAGUGCCAUGGGUCUUCAACCUCACCUCGCUCUCGUCCUCUUCCUCCAGCUUCCAGAGCCUUGACAAUAAAGAGAAGAAGUCCAGAAGUGGCAUCUUCACCUCUCUGCCACACUUCACAGACCUCACCACAUACAUGAUCAAGAAUGUCAUCAACUUCGGGAAGAUGCUGACAAUGUUCAGGGCUCUGGUUAUGGAGGACCAGAUCUCGCUGCUGAAAGGCGCCACCUUUGAGAUCAUUCUGAUUCACUUCAACAUGUUCUUUAAUGAAAUGACGGGAAUCUGGGAGUGCGGCCCCCUGCAGUACUGCAUGGAUGAUGCCUUUCGAGCUGGUUUUCAGCACCAUCUGCUGGACCCAAUGAUGAAUUUCCAUUACACACUGCGUAAGCUGCGUUUGCAUGAGGAGGAGUAUGUGCUGAUGCAGGCCCUCUCGCUCUUCUCACCAGAUCGCCCUGGUGUGACAGACCACAAAGUGAUCGACCGCAACCAGGAAACAAUAGCGCUCACUCUAAAGACUUACAUUGAGGCCAAGAGAAAUGGGCCAGAAAAACAUUUGCUGUUCCCAAAGAUCAUGGCAUGCCUGACUGAGAUGAGGAGCAUGAAUGAAGAGUACACUAAACAAGUGCUGAAAAUCCAGGACAUUCAGCCUGAAGUGUCUCCACUUAUGUUGGAAAUAAUAAGCAAAGACACCUAAGUCCUCACAAAGCAUGUGCAACUCUACUUAUUCCCAACUACUACACUAUUGCUGACCUUCAUCUGAGGACACUAAAGACUGAAAGACUAGCACGGCAAGGACUGUGCCUGCUGAUAAUGAACUGCUGAACAGCGAACACUGAAAUUGUGGACAAGUAGCUUUAUAUUGGUGUUACUCAGUGUAACUGUGUUUGAGGAUAUCCUACAGCCAAUCAUCGUUUCACAAAAGAACAUUUUCUAUGGUUCAUAACCACAUAUUAUCUCUUACGUCAACUUCUUUAUUGGAACUUGAUGUUUGGGGUUCAACUAAGAUUGGAUUUGAAUUCUCCACUUUUUCAUGGUAACACUUUACAAUGAGGUUCUGUUUGUAAACAUUAGUUAACAUUGCUACAGUGUAAAACUCAAUAAGUUAAGGCAACUUAAAACAUUUGAGGGAACCGACUGCAACAAACCAUUUAAGUUCAAAAACUAAUCCUAAUGAGUACUGUGAACAAUCCAUCUGAGUAAACGAAGCAAUUUGACCACAGUGAAAGCCAAUAAAUGCAGAGAACUCAAACCAACUGAGUACUGUAAAACCCAAUAAGUUAAGGCAACUCAAACCGUUUGAGGAAACCAAUUGUUACAAACCAUUUGAGUUAAAAAGCAAAUCUAUAGGAGUACUGUGGACUUACUCCAUUAAAGUUGAAGUAAUGAGGUAUUUUAUUAACUCGUUACCUACAACACAGAGUUCAAAACUUUUUUCAAAUGAGUAGAAUUAACUUUCAGUCAAUUUUGAGUUGACUACACUCAUUUAAUUUGAUGAAGUCAACUGUUGGGUUUUACAGUGUAACAGUAGGUAGGAUUGUGUAGCCAGAUCAGGUCUGGGCUAGACAGAAUCUGCUAAUAUUUCUUGCUAUAUCUGGGGGGAGGGAAUAUUAACACAAUUUAAAAAUAAACAUUUUUAACAAUAACCCCUCCCACACAUUUACCAAUUCUUCGGAAAGCGUCAUGUGUGAACAGACCCUUAAAGUAGCAGUAAAGGUGUUCCUGAAAUUUAUCGUUACUACUGUGUGAUGGGGCUGUUUUAUUCAAGGUUUGCCAUGCAAAUUCAAUUAGAAACACUUGUUAAAUUCUCAUAAAAUCUACUGAAAGAAAAUUUUCCUUUAUAAACUGUUUUGUACAUAAAUUAUAUGAACAUUUACAUAGUAUUCGAUAAUAUUACUGUAAUAUAAAUUUGCAACUGAGGUUAACAGAUGAAAAUACACGGUAACAAAGGCAUUGUUCAUUGUUAGAUAAAUAAAAAAGAAAAAUAAAAAUAAUAAUAAUAAUAAAUUAACUUAAUUCCUUCAUGUUGUCCUAACACAAAUCAAUUGUGUGGGGGAAAAGCAUUUUUUACUGUGCAGGACAGUAAAGUGUUACCGCCUAAACUUUGCAGGGUAUAUAGAGGAGAUGCCAUAUGAAAUUGUUAUUCUGGCAGUAUAAGCUGACAAUAUGCAUACUUGUCAUUUGUGUUAAUGGUCUGUCUUGACAAAGCUGUUUAUUGAUUAUAAUUUUUAUGCAAAAUAGUGGUAUGUUAACAAUGGCUCUAAUAUGUUAAGAUUAUGUUAAAGGGUCACAAAACACCAAAAAAAAAAUUGAUCUGUUGACAGUCAUACAUGUGUCCAAUGCUGCUAAAAACACUAUUUUAUUUUUAUUUAUUUAUCAGGAUCCCCAUUAGCCACUACCAAGGUACCAAAUUGGUUGUUUUUGCGUUACUUCAAGCAAAUUCGUUCUUCCGGUUUCAAACAAAUUUUUGAAGCUGCAUCUCAGCGAUUAGAUACUUGCAUGGAUUCCAGCAUGUAGACUGGAUGUCUGUACCUGGGAGUGCAUCGUGACGUCUCUGAGUCUGCAGCAUUAAUUCAAGAGAAAGACUUGGUUCAAACCAAUCAGCGCGCUCUAUUGUGUAUGCAGUGCAACUUCAUUAAUAUGCAUGAUAGCAUUAUAGAAAGUUUUUGCCUGUUACAGUGUUCAGAUGGCAGAGAGACGGUACAUUGAGUUGCCAAAACAAGUGGAAGAAGAAGAAUUGUUUGGAGACACAGGUCGUCAGUUUUGCACAGUUUUAUAAAUGUGCUGCAACGAAGGUUUUGUUUUCAUUUCCCGCUAUGAGAGCACAGCUUGACUCACGUGAGGAUUACAGUGCACACGACAUGCGACAAAAAUACGUUUGUAAGGAUAAUUUGUUUUCCCUUUUCGCAUUUGGAAGUGGUGAAAUCCUGAUUUGCUGCUCAUCUCCUUUUAAAAUUGACACAGCUCCAGUUGGUGUUGAUUGUCCUGUCUCUAUAGAUUUGGUAAGUGAGCGAUGUGGUCUUUGUUUGUUUAUUCAGAUGGCAAAGUUAGUUCGUAUCAUCAGCAGUACUUUUUCAGUUUUUAAAGACAUACUUUAGUCAAAAUGAUUUAAUUACUAAGUUUACAGUAUGUUAAUAUCACUGCAAUAUUUUGGACUGAAAGAUCAGCUGUAAAUGCUGCUCUCCGAGUGUAAACAUGUAAACACCGCAAUUAAACUAUUAGCGUCGUGUAGGAUUUUCGCUGCAUUUUGUGACAGGAUAGUAUAUACACACAGCUUUCUGAUGCUACCUACACAGUGCAUCUAAGUUACAGAAAAAUACGGAGGGUUUUUUUUUCUCUUAUACAAUCUGCGGUAUCAAACAUUCCAUUAAAACUUCACUCUUUCAGCAAUAUUGUAUGCAAUAUCUCGUUUGUCACGGGGGCAAGCAUAAAAUGUUCCUGAGUAAAAGUGAAAGGAAAGACGACAAAUUAAUGAUUUGGCAAAUAAUUCGAUUACUUAUGUCCAUGUAAACACAGUCACUGUCUUUCUCCCCUGAGUCUGUGUGUUUGUUUUGCCUCUGUGAAAAUCAGCACUUGCCCAAACGGAAACUCCCUUUUUUAUCCAAAACCUUCCCUCUUUCCCUUCCCCCACACUCUCACCAAAACAGAGCUUGACAAACCCACUUUCCUGACUUUUCCAAACUAGAGGAGUGAAAACACCCUGCUGAAACAGGGGAGUUUCUUGGCCCUUUAAAAACUUAUAUACACAAUCUAAAUAUUUAUAUUAUCAGUGCCAGUGUCAUAUGUUAAUAGCUUACUUGAUUCAAACAUGUUCUUGCCAAGAAUGUAAAUGAACUUGUGAUGUUAUGAAUCUCAUGCAGAACAUGUUCAGCUCGUACUUUGCUAAAUCUCCAUAAUAGAAAAAAAAUGAAUAUUUCUAUUUUUUUGUCCAUUAUGAUUUUUUAUGUAUUGAGAUAUUUAUAUCAGAUUUAUAUUUCAUUACAGCAACGAAACCUCAACUUGUUCCUGUCAGGUUUUGUGAGAUUCCCUCUAUGGUGUGUGUGGCUGGAUAUCCAGUUAUUUCAUGUCUAUUGUGAUUGCCUUUUAUUAGAAACCAAGCUAACUGUAUUUUGAAUGUCUACAAUUCUGAUGAAUCUCUGAUCCUGUUAGAGGUUGUAAGAGUUUAUCACAUUGACUUGUUUUUGAGAAGUGAUUGCCUUUCUAAAUGCAGUGAACUUAACCUAUUUAAGUAAGCACAUUAAGGACUUUACUGAAAAGAUGUCAAAGUAGCAUUUUAAGGUUAUUUCAUAGUGUCUGGGUAAGAGUUGAUGAUGAAAAUCAUUGUGGUGUCGUGAAUGUUAAAGUGCAGAUCAGAUGUUUAAGUGUAUUUGAUAUCAGGUAUGUUUGUAAAGCACAAUCUCUUUCACAAUGCCUUCAUGCUGACUUUUUGUGUAGAUUUAGCAGUUAUUUCAUCUUGCGAACACAACGAUGAGGAAACUUGUCACUACAUGUAUAAUUACUACACAAUACACUCAGGUUUUCUGUCUUUACACUGGCUAUUUUAAAAAUGAUAUAAAUAUAAAUAAAUAAUAUAAUAUAAAUAAAUGUACAGUAUAUGAUC